UUCCUUGUAAAAGCUCAACACUCAUGCAUUGGACCAGAAAAACCUUAAUGGCUUUGUGUGACUAAAUCCAGUUAAAGGGUGACUAACUAGGCCUGUCCAUGGAGGAGUCCUAAAAGAAGGCAAUACAGACGAAAGAAAAUGAAGCAAAAAGACUUGACAUAGUCAAUACAAAGCAUGAGAUAGUAACGCCAGGUGAUUAUGCGAAUUUCCUAUAAUUGGAUCCUCAAUGACCAAAAAAAGAAAAAACAGACCACCAAACCAACACCUCUAUAUCCCCCGCCCUUAAGAACUCCACAAACAACCAUUCAUUCAUCACAUUCUCUCAAACCACCACUUCUCCUUCACCCUCCAUUCCUUCUCCGCCUUCCUCGACUUCCAUGGGGUGCGGAGCAUCAAAGGCUGGAAAUGGUGGAGAGGUGGUGCCUGCUAGGCUUCGUCCUCUUCUCCGACGACAGUUUGAGGAGAUCAAAACCCGAAACGCCAGCGCAAUAAAACAUAAAGGAGCAACUCUGUCCAAGAAACAGCUGCUUAAAGACGGUGAAGAAGGAGAUGAUGAUGAUAGCCAUAAGAGCGUGUCUUCACCUGAGGACAGUCCGGUGUCACCACCUUUGCCAGAGCCUGAAAUGACAAGAAAUGAGAUUGAAGAAGAAAAUGUGGUGGAUUUGCCAACACCAAAGUCUGCUAAGGUGGCACCAGAGCCGGAAUGUGAAGACAAUGAGAUAGCAAACAAUGUAAUGGACGUUGCAGUUCGUGUGACAGAGGAAGUGUUGGUGGUGGAAACAGAUGGAGAAGAGGAUGAAGAAGAGGGAAGGGUUAUUAGGAAUGUAGAAGACAGAUAUAUCUGUCCUGGAUCACCAAGUUUCAGAGUAUAUUGUAUUGAUCAAUCAUUCGACGACUCAAAGGAUGAAAGUGAGUUCAUGUCCUGAUAUUUUGUCAAACAUUAUUAGGCUUUUAGCAUUCAUCAACUGCGAAUUUCUAUAUUCUUUUCAGAU